AUGGGCACAUUUUCUGGCAGGAUAAGGCCCCUAUGGGCGAAGUCAGUGGGGAAGCGCACGACGUUCAUACCCCGAAGAUACCUCUCGACCACACUGGCACGAUUUAAUGACCAACAAGCUAGCCCUAUCACUCUACGAUGCGCGCAGAUAUUUGAACUGUCAAAGUUGACUACGGGACCAAGCUCCCUCGAUAACAAGGAACUACGUGUGCAGGGCCAUGUUAGGUUUCUCAGGAAGCAAAAACGCUUUACCUUUGCGCAUAUCUCGGACGGUUCGUCCCUCCAACCAAUCCAGGCAGUCCUGACCCCAGAACAAGCAACCAACUUAACUCAGGGUGCUGCCGUUGAGAUUACAGGGAUAUGGCAACCAAGUCCCCCUGGUAAACAGCAAUCCCAUGAGCUUCAGGCAACAAAAGUUGAUAUUGUGGGCGAGGCAGAUCCUACAACAUACCCGAUCCAGAAGAAAUUCCACACGCCAGAUUUCCUACGCCAGCUACCACAUUUGCGCCUGCGCACCCCAUUUAAUGCCCUUCUUUCUCGACUGAGGUCGGAGUUCAUAUACCAAGUGACAGAAGAAUUUCGCUCCCACUAUCACCUCAAUUUCGUUCAAGUCCAGCCACCAUUAAUCACCUCCUCGGACUGUGAAGGAGCAGGCGAGGUGUUUACUAUAAAUCCUCGAGAUGUUGUGACUGAGGAAGGGAAAGUGACUGAGUUUUUCAGGUCACCUAAAUAUCUUACAGUUUCAUCACAACUACAUCUUGAAGCUUAUGCAGCAGAGUUGGGUAACGUCUGGACCCUCUCCCCCACCUUCAGAGCAGAGAAGAGUGAUACACCCCGCCACCUAAGUGAAUUCUACAUGCUUGAAGUGGAAAUGAGUUAUAUAGAUUCCCUUGAGCCACUCACUGCCUUCGUGGAAACGCUCCUACGCAAUAUCACCCAGAGAGUUUAUAAAUCUCCGGUGGCGCAAGAGCUCUUUAGUCUCAAAGAGACCGAUGACUUGACGAAGGAUACCAGCAAUGUGGAUCUGGAAAAGAGAUGGAUGGCUUUAAUUGAGGGCCCCAGUUGGCCGCGCAUAACCUUCUCACAUGCGAUCAAACGUCUUCACGAGGCCGUCAGUACGGGUCAAGCCAAAUUUGACUUCCCUCCAUCCUGGUCAGGAGGUCUGCAGCUCGAGCAUGAAAAGUUCCUUGUUGAUACAAUUGGCAAAGGCUUGCCUGUUUUUGUUACAGACUACCCCAAACCUGUCAAGCCAUUCUAUAUGUCGCCUUCUAGCGGCUCGCCUAAUGAAAAUGGGGAGACAGUUGCGUGCUUUGACCUCCUCCUCCCGGAGAUAUGUGAAGUCGUUGGCGGGUCGCUCCGUGAACAUAGACUUUCACCGCUCAUCCAGAAUAUGCGCGAGCACGGCUUGCUGAGACUGAAAGACUCAACGCCUCAACCCUCUUCUCCCGUUGAUGCCAAGGCGCCCUACCCUCAUCUUCUCGCUAAUGAGGAGUUAGGCUCGAUUCAGUGGUACGCAGACCUACGAAGGUGGGGGACUGUACCACAUGGCGGAUUUGGACUUGGCUUCGAUCGCUUUGUCGGGUAUUUGGCUGGAGUAUCCAGUCUCAGGGACCUUGUCCCUUUCCCCAGGCAUUUUGGAAGGGCGGAUUGCUAA